AUGCACAGAAAGCGUGAACGCGAUAAUGAAAUCGCCCGAGUUCAACAGAGAGUUAGUGGAUUUAAUCCUCAAUGUAGCGAUGCAUGGGCAGGCCUUUGCCAGCAUUUUGGCUCGAAAAUUACACAAGAUGAAUUAGUUUCCAUUGCCGAAGCUAUAAAACCAUAUGCACAAGUCAAAUUAGACCGCGAUGCCCGGAGGCGUAAAAGCGUAAUACUCAAGUGGUACCAAGAUAAUUGGGCUCAAAUUAGUAAAUAUAUCAAAUAUGUAGUGUUAGAGGAUGAUUCAUCUGCUUAA